AUAAGUGUCGCGCUGCGCCGGAAAAUAUUAGCUUCGUCGGACCUGUUUCCAUUGAGUGCGAUUCAGUGCUUGAGACCGGUUCAAAUCGAUUGAAGCAAAAUUGCGGCGCUACGUUGGCGUGCGGAUGCAAAGUACACGGAAUCGUCAACUUAACGAACGAACGGUACGACCGUGUGUCAGAAAAUUCAACUUAAAUUAAAUACAUAUACACGUACGAACGCAAAAUUACAACUGCAAAGAAAUUGUUUAAAGUUGUUUAAAGAAAAAAUAGAAAAACAGCGCUUGCGAAUCGAAAAUGCAAACAAAGUGUUGUGGAGUGUAAGGCCAAGCCAAAGCAAGUGCGUGUGCCAAAGUGAAAAAAUAUAAAAAAAAUUUAAAAUUUAAAAUCUAACAAAUUUGCAUAAAACCGUUAAUUUUGAUAAGCAGCAAAAGUACAAAAGUUUAAAAAAUUAAUCAAUAAAGAAAAAGUGUAAAAAGACAAGUUUGUGUUCCAAAAGCUGCUUUAUUUAGCAGCAGACUGCAAUUAAAAAGCCAACAAAAACAGCGAAAUUCAAUUGCUGCUCAUUGAAAAUCAUUUUAGUCAUAAGCAAAUGCUUUGCCCAACAACAACAACAACCAACCUAAUCGUACGUGCAACAUAUGCAAAUACACAUAUCUGCCAAUUCGUUUGUAUGCACGUAUGUAUGUAUGUGUGUGCAGCAACUAACACUCACGUAUUAGCGAAUUUGCAUAGCAAAUAAUAUUAUUUUGUCGCUGCAACAUUUCGCGCCGCUGCCGCGCCGUAAACAAGCAAACAACAUUCGCGUGUGUUGCGAGUAAACAUUUGUGCGCCCAUUUGUGAUUUGUGUGUGUGUGUGUUGUCAAAGUAACUGAAAGUGUCAUCUUCAGCGUUUUUCGCGUGCGCGUACUUGUCGCGUGUGUUUGUGUGCGCGUGUGCGUUACAAUUUGCGUAGAAAAGAAAUUUAUUUGCUUUUACCUGCCUCUUAAACGUGCAACAUACUUACUCACACACUGGUUGUUUGUCUAACAAAUCACAAUUGAAUUGGAUUAUUUACGUGCCACCUCUUACUAAUUGGAUUUGAAGCAUUUUAAAUGCUAUUGCUGCUUAAAGUGAAGUGAUUGCUGCCACUGUUGGUGUGUCACCGCUGUGUUGCAGUAAACCACUACAAAAACAAUACACAAACAAAAUAGAAGGGAAAAAUUUGAUUCAUUUGUUGGCGCACAGUGUGUGCUCGGCUUUAGUUACUGCAAUUGACUUCAAUCACAUGUGACAACAGCAGACGAUAAGCCCAAAAAAGGAUAAUAAUCAAAGCGAAAGAAGACGGAGAGUUGGAAAAUUGCAACAAAAAGAAAAUCAAAAAGAAUUGAAAAAAACACAAAAAAGCGCAAAAAAGCAUAGAAAUGUGUCGGCACAUCAGAUUGUGUUGAAAAUUCCUGCACACAAAGUGAUAAUCGUAUAAAAUAUUGCACAGAGAAAACUACAAAGUAUACACUCGUGCCAUAAAAAAUUGCACUGUAGUGGCAGAAAACCUAAAACAAGCGGGGCACAUACGGCGCUGGUGUGUCGAAUGGGAGGAAACGGUUUCAAUCUCACUAAAGUACACAUUUUAAGUUGAGCAUAAGCGCAGGCACAUCCUGUGAAUUGAAUGCCAACUAAUCCUCUGCCAAGCAAUAAAGAAACUAGAAAGCAAAACAAAAGUUACUACGCUUACACACACACAUAUAGAAGAAAGCUUAGAUAAAGGUUAAAAAAAACUUUAGAGUUUAUUGUAGCAAAAAGCAACAACAAACAAACAAAAAUAAAAAUAAAAAUAAGAAAGGACUAGCAACGUGCAAACAAAAAGUAAAUAAAAUGCCUGCCAUAACAAGUGAAGCGACAAGACCCGCGCCCACCCGCUGCCUACGGCCAAUCAGAGCGACAGUGCUUGCCGCAGCGACAGCAGCCGCCUCACUGCUCACAUCCGCAGCCACAGUGGCAGCGGCAGCAGCAGCAGCUGCGACAACAUCGUCCACAACAACUACAGCAACAGCAACGGCAACAGCCGGCAUCGCCAGCUACAACCACAAUAGCAUAUCAACUCAACAGCCGGAUGCUUUGGAGCGACGACUGCAACCAGAUGUCGAUACGGACACCGGAGGUGGAAGUAGAGUAGGCGUAAAUGUUGAUCUAACUGCCGCCUCCGUUGCCGCGCUGCCCAGCCGCCUCGCCAAUAAGUUGCUAACCAAUUUUCUGCCUGCCAUCGAUGCCGUCACAAAUGCCACCACCACCAACACACUCACCAGCAGCAGCCACAGCAGCGCCAUCAGUAGUAGUAGCAGUAGUGGUAUUAGCAAUCGUGGUGCUGCUGUCACAUAUCCAACCUUCCGGCCGCCGAGUAUAGAGAAUCUUGUCGCAAGUUCAGCUGAGGAUUUGAGCAAUUUUCGUGAUGUGUCCUUCGAUAUAUUCGACGACGAUGACGAUUUGUUUGGCUCGCCAUUGGCAUUUGAUGCUUCCGAUAAUGGCUUGUGGAAUGGACGUUUCGUGCCGCCACCACCCCGUCCGCCAUUCCUAGUCGAUGAGCCGGUGCUGAGUGAUGGACUGACAACGUGUGAUUUGUGCUCAUGGGCCAUGCCAACGAAGAGUACAUUCAUGUUCGAGGGCACAAUAGAAAAAGCUUCCGAAUUGGGCUGGCCCUUGACGCUGAUUAUCGUUUCGGUGCUGUCAGCAUUGCUGGGAGCGAUUGUCAUGGUGACGGUUGUGCGCUGCAGAAGGAAAAAACCAACGAACAACCGUAACGAGACGCAUGUGCAAUGGUGGUCACGCAACAAGCGCACCAACGGCAGCAACAACAACAAUCAUUUGCGCCGCAGCAAUAUUUAUACAGCGCACCCAGCGGAUAGUGUGCGCGGCUUGCAGCAGCCAUCGCUAUCGGCCGCCUCGUCGCUGACCACAAUGACCGCAAUGGGCGCAUCAGCGGGACCCCUGCAUUCGAACGCGGUCACGCCGAAUGCCACGCAGCCGCCACAGCUGCCACACCAACAACAGCAACAGCAGCAACAAUACUACCACCAUCCAUAUCAACAGCAUCAAGCGUCACUACGCCGCAGCAUCAGCGGUCAUCAGCGCGCGCCCGAUUAUGAAUACGAGCACGAAUACCAUCAACCGCAGGAGCUGCAAUUGCAGCUGCAACACCAACGCCAACACAGCUCGUCGCUGUCAUCGCUGUCCGACACGCCAACCCUACCGGUGGCGGUGGCGAACAACAAUAAGUCGCGCACGCUGCAGCUGCAACAUCAGCCGUUGCAGCACCACCAUCAGCAACAACAACAACAACCACAGCACCAGCAGCAAGCGGCCUACAAUGUGUCCGAUGGUGUGACAGUUGGCUUCGGCGCGGGUAUGGUUGGUGUCGGUGUAGGCAUAAGCCGGCGCGGCGCUGGCGAAAUGGGUGACGAGUCCUCAUGUCGUUGGCCGAAUGCAACAAUUGUGGUGGCCAGCUGAGUGCAAGCGUACAAAAGUCGUAUGCCCGCCACGUUGAGCGGCGCAAUGACGUUGCUACCGGUGCAUCCGUAUCGCGACCAUUAUCAGCGGCGACAACAACAACAACAGCAGCACCAGCAGCAGUUGCAGCGACAACAGCGCGAAGUGGAGGCCACCGAAUUUAUUUGGACGAAAUCAUGCAGCUCGGAGCAAUUAAAGAAUGAUUGGAUAUGGCAUUGAGCGCGCCAGCGGUGGCCAUGUGUCGGUGAAGUGCGCGGUGAAAUUUCGUUGCGCAAUGCUAAGACAAAGCUUGUGCCAAGUAAAGUAAGCUGGUUUUUGAAACGCUCCUGUUUGUAAAUAUUAAACAAAACUGAGAGAUCCAUGGUGCUGCUAGAAAGCAGUCAUUUUGACCAAAUGUAGAUCAUGUGAGAAUCUGAGUUUGCCUUGAAGAAUUAUCAGUGAAAGAUUGCGAACGCACUCCGAAAGAGUUACACCCCAAACGAGAAAAAUUGAUUCAUAUUGAAAAUAUUUUUUGCAACCUGCAAAAACCUGUCCUUUUUGAACUUCUAACAUGACUUGUUGGCCUGUUGUCUGACACUCUUGCUUCGAGAAUCUGGUGAUUGAGUCAGUCAAUAUUUUUGUUCUGUCGGGCCACGCAGAAUUGCAUAUCAUAAUGUAAAAUAAUCGGUGGAUUAUUACCAUAUAUAGAUUGAAAACUUAUUAUUUUGUCGAAAAACUGUCCUCAAGUCCUUCAGCUAAGGUCACGCCAGAUUCGUCAGGUACUGUAAAAAAAUAACAUGGCAGCUUUUCCCAGAAACUCUUUAGAGGCAAUAUUAGUUGUCAAAAAUUCAAGCGCUGUCCCAAGCACUUUCCCAGCUAGACCUGUAACAGCUGUAACUGUCUCCAAAAGCACUUGAAAACCGAAGCGCACAUGUUUUCAUAUAUUAACGAAGUAAUUAACAGUUAUUUACAUACAAAUCUAUUUCACACACUUUAAGCAAGACGCCAAUUCAAGUGGCAAAGCAGCUGCAGCGAGUCUAGUGAGUUGUUAUAUUUAUUGAUUGGGUACGGCAAUUGAUAAAGAUCUCUAGUCUGUAAUCACUUAUUUAUGAGUUCCGAGAGGCAAGGCCACAGCGCCUUUAAAGCGACAAGUACUUACAACUUUAUACACACGCUCGUCAGUAGUUAAUAUUUUUUUGGCUUUUUUGGAAACCUUUUCUAGCGCAAAAUUUUCCUGGAACCUCUUCCCUACGAAUCGACUCAUAUAAAUAUUUAUUGGCUUGGUAGCCAACAUAUGUGAGUACUGAGUACUUACCGGGAAUUGAAACGGAUACUUUCAGCAUUGCGACGUGCUUAUACGGCCAAGGCAUAUAAAGUUGUACGAGUUUUUUUUUCGAUUGCAUUCUUGUUGUUAUUUUUGUUCUUUUUGUAUGCCUGCCGUGCACAACAAUCCACUUUAAAUUGCACCCAUAAGAACCGUCAAAUCUCUAACAAUCCCGUCUGUUUUUCCUUCCCUUUUUCGUUGUUUCUUUUGCCUUUGCCCGCCAUCGCCAGCAUAUCAUACAAAUUAUCAGCGAUCAAAAAUUCUAAGCACACGUUCACAGUCGCAAUUUAACGAUGGUAUCAUGGCAAGACAUAAUCCUUAAAAAUACUCCACUGGAGACACACAUACUUCAGCAACAACAGACUGAUACAUAUGUAUGUUCGUGUGUGUGUUUAUCAGCAUGCGCGUGUGUUGUGUGGAUGCCAAUAGUCCUGCCGACUGGAAAGUAGUAACCACUGGCCGACUGGCGACACACGCUGAUUUUCUGGCGCGCAUACACAUUCUCACACACACACACACGUGCAGGCCUUCCGGUGCGAGUGCAGCAUUCAAAAGGCAGUGAAAAAAAAACAAAUAAAACAACUGAAAAAGUAACAAUCGCAGCCAAGUGUUGAAGAAAUAAAGAAUGAGUGCUUUCGCUGAAAAAUAAAAACAAAAAAAAAAAACACUGAGAAAAAUAAAUGUUGCAGCAGCAUUUCGCUGGCGGCAUAACUGCUGCAGUGUAUGUGUGUGCAUUUGUCUACCAGCAAUGACAUCAGCAUGUCAGUCACGUUUCGUCCUUUGUGAGCAGCGUCUUUCACACACAUACACACACACGCAUGUACACCAGCUCACGUUUAUGCACUUGUUAAGUCGCAUAAGAACCCCGCAGUGAAAUUAAACGAUUCCUUACUGCCGCCUUUCUGCAGAACGAAAGAGGAAUUCUUUAUAAAAAAGUAAACUGCUCCUCGUGGCGCUUGGCAUUUUCAAGCAUUUCCAAAGGCUAUGUGUUGGUUUUUAUGUCAAUUGCACUCAUUUCCGUUAAUUCGCAACCAGUUCUUUGGAAAAAAGACUGGCUCACUGCAUUUCCUUCUUCAUUAGUCGGUUCAUUCUGCUGUCAUAUUUCAUAUCCUCUCCGAAAUAAGAUAAGAUAACUCAAUUGGCUUGUGCAGUUGAUGGGAUUUCUUUGGCGCAAAACACCGUGACCAACGCAGUUUCGUGCUUCGGUUAUUACAAAAACAAAACAAUGAAGGGUUUCAAAGCGUGGAUGUCGCGCUAUCUAUUAUUGGAUCUCAUAGAGCUUAAAUUAAUGGAAAGUAUUUUUUCGCACAUGAGAGCUUAGAGUAACUGAUUAUGAAAUAUCGGUUCUCAGAGUUUCUAUGAGAGGAUGGGGGGAGUAUAACCACCAUCAAGUAAGGAUCAACUGAGACACUUUAAGCGUCCAUUUUUCCAAUCAAAAUGUGAAUGCGACUGAAGCAGGGAAAUUUUGGUGAACUACUAUAAGCAUAAUUCGUUAACAAAAAAUUUAAGUUUUGAGUUCAAAAAUCAGUUUUCUGAGAGAGACUGUACUUAUAUUAUUUCCGAAAGUCCUGGAACUUUAGAAAAGCGUAUUUCUUUUGGAGUGCGCAGUCAGCAAUAAUUCAAAGCUACCCACACCCACAGGCAUUUUUAUAUCAACCCAUAAAAGAUACAUACAUACAUACAUACAUAAAAUUUUGCUGAGCGAGUAAAAAUCUUAAUAAACUGAUAAAAAAGUGGUAAUUUAUGGCAGAAAAAAUAACAGCAACUCAUGCAGUUAAAGAGGACUAUAAAAUGAUUGCAUGAGUGCGUGAAAAAAUCAUAUCAGAGCGAAAAAAAAUCAUAUUUUUAUGAUAAAAAAUAGACAAGUGAAUAUUUAUACUAAUAUAGGAAUAACAAAAACAGUUAAAGUGCGCAAAAUCGGUGGCAAGUGCUUGCAAAUAAAUCACGAAAAAAUUAUAUUUAAACAAAAAAUUUUGCAAAAACAACAUUGCCACAAAUUAAUAAAGCAGAAAUUUAUUGAAAUUAGAAAAAAAUACUACAACUCCACAAACGGUUGUUGUGUAAAAAAAAUUAAAAUUAAUUUUGAAAAAAUAAAAUUGUUAUGCCAAAUUUGCUAAAGUGUCGAAAAUUGGUGGCAGAAAAAUAAAUAAAUCAAUGCGAGCAAUGCAAAAUGUUAUUGUGAGUAAACAGAAAUGUCAAAACAGCUAACAGCGUUGAAAAUAAAUCAAUAAUACUGCAAUUUAUUUCAAAAUGGCUAACUACACUGUAAAAAAAAGUUUUAGAAACAGUUAUUUUAAAGUAAUUUGUAAAAAGUUAGAAACAGCGCUGCAAAAAAAUGUUGAAAAAAAAGUUUUCGAAAACAAGUUGAUAAAUAGUAGCUCACAGCGCUGUAAAAAAAUAAUAAUACUGAAAAUUUAUUUCAGAAUGACUAACAGCGCUGUAAAAAAUUUCAAAAAAAUAAUCAAAAAUUUAUUAGGAAAAAAAUAUUCUUUCAACACGCAUUAAGGUUAUUGUGAGUAAAUAAAUAUGUCAAAUGUAGAUAAUAUAUAACACAGAAAAAAAUUAAAUUUGUAUAAAAAAAUUUCUUUGUUUGGAAAAGU